AUGGUGGCCAAGAAGACGAGGCAACCGGAGGUCACCCUCCGGCGUAUGGAGCUCUCUGAUGUCGGCCACCUUCUUAGGUUGAUGGGAGAUGACCAGGUCAGCUACAACACCCACUGGGAGACCCUCAAUACGCGGGAGGACGCUAUGGAGUACCUCAAGGGUACCAUCCUCCCCCAUCCUUGGUUCAGGGCCGUCUGCUUCGAUGGCACGCCCGUGGGCUUUCUGUCCGCCAAGCCGAAGUUGGGGAGAAACACCUGCCGGGCCGAGCUUUCAGGCAGCGUCAUCCGCGAGAACUGGAGCCAAGGGAUCAUGACAGCGGCGUUGAGGAUAGCAGUAGCCGCCAUCUUCAAGGAGUUCCCCGCGGUGCAGAGACUGGAGGCCCUGGUGGCAUUGGAGAACGCGGCGGCACAGAAGGCCCUAGGGAAGGCCGGGUUCACGAAGGAGGGGGAGCACCGCAAGUUCAACGCGAAAAAGGGAAGGCUCUGGGAUAUGGCAAGAUACAGUGUCAUCCGUGUAGAUCCUAAGCUCUGA